AUGGCAACCAUCGAUGCUCAGGUCCUGAGGGAGAUGAUUGAACGAUUUCGAGUUCUGAUCAUAGGGAGAGCAAAUGCAGGCAAAACGACCAUUCUUCAGAAGGUCUGCAACACCACGGAUGAACCAGAAAUUUACGAUACCGAAGGACGUCAGAUCGAUGCGGCCGUCGUGAAAUCGUCGAUUAAGCGUGGAAAUCACGACAUCAGAAACGAGAUGGUGUUCAAAAGCAAUCCCGGUUUCGUCUUUCACGACUCAUGCGGUUUCGAAGCGGGUUCUGAAGAAGAAUUCUUGAAUAUGAAAAUUUUCAUCUCAGAACGGGCAAAUGCGACGAAAUUGGAGGAGCGAAUUCACGCUAUUUGGCAUGUAAUUCCCUUCUGA